UUUAACCGGCUCGGCUCGCGACGGUUGGUUCUAAUCCGCAACGGUCUGUUCCCCAAGAUGGCGGCGUGUUCCCACCAGCGGGUGGACAGCGGGGCGCCAGACACCGACUCCGAGCUAGGCCCCGACACCGGCCCCGCCGACACAAUGGUGGACGAGCUGCCGGUCCUGACGCCGCAGGAAAUCGAGCUGCGGCUGCAGAGAACCCGCAAGGAACUGAGCAACAGGAGGAAGAUUCUGGUGAAGAACCUGCGGUCGGACAGCAACAACCAGGAAAUACAUGAAUUGCUGAAAGAUUAUGAAUUGAAAUAUUGCUAUGUGGAUAAGAACAAAGGAACGGCUUUUGUUACUUUGCUGAAUGGAGAGCAAGCAGAGAACGCCAUUUGCAAAUUUCACAAGUCCAUUUUCCAGGAAAGAGAGAUAACUGUUCAACUGCAAUCUACGGAUAGCUUGCUCUGCGUUACUCAGUUGCCCCUUUCCUAUACACAACAACAGUUUGAGGAUCUGGUCCGUCUACAUGGAAACCUGGAGCGGUGCUUCCUUGUUUAUAGUGAGACCACUGGACAUUCAAAAGGUUAUGGUUUUGUGGAAUACAUGAAGAAGGAUUCUGCUUCUCGAGCUAAAUCUGAACUUAUGGGCAAACAGCUAGGAUCUUGCAUCCUAUAUGUUCAGUGGACAGAUGCUGAUCAACUGUCAUCUGAUUUCCUUCAUUCAAAGUGCCUUUGCAUCGAUAAAAUUCCCCAUGAUUACAAAGACUCAGAGGAGCUGACAGAGUUCUUCUCACAGAUGUUUAAACCAGUUUUCUGUCAGCUUGCCCAAGGCUCAGGUAGCCAUCCUUCUUUUGCAGUAGCUGAGUACGAGACUGCUGACCAAACUGAAUUAGUUCAGCGAUCUGCUAAUGGAAUGCUUAUUGGGGGCAGCCAUGUCCAUAUUUCAUUUUGUGCUCCGGGGCCUGCAGGACGCUGUACUCUGGCAGCACUUAUUGCCGCCCAGAGGUUGUUGCUAAAUAGCAGAAAGGGCCUUCUUCCUGAACCCAACCCUUUGCAAUUCAUGAACACCCUGAGUAAUCCUGCUGUAUUGCAGCUGCUACUGAGACCUAACUUCAAUGGACAAGCUGGCAAAAAAAGUAUGCUGGGGAAUACUUUGGGUCUGCCAACUUUGCAGAAUCCUGCACUGACUGCAGCCCUACUUCAAAUAAAUCAAGCACAACAGAAUGCUGCAUUGGGAAAUGGAUUGUUUCAGAAUCUACUGCGAAUGCAAGUGGCACAACAGCAACAACUGCUUUUGAACAAAGAUAAUCCAGCAAUCAACAAUAAGUCCAGUUUACUCGGAGACCCCUCCAUGUUGCUUCAGGGAGUAAUGGGAAUUGGACCAACUAUGACAACGAAUCCUGGGAAAGGGAUUUUGGCUGAACCACCAACGGGUAUUCCAAUUUCUGCAUUUAGUGCUGAAUUUGCUAAAGCCCAGCCACCAUUGGGAACUUUGCCAUUUUGCUCCAAAUUCUUGGGACAACAUGUGACUGAGCAGAAAGCCCUCUUGGAAAACCCAAAUCUGCUCCUAGGGUCAUUUCCACUCUCUGCUCCUAUUAGCCACUCUCAUCUUCAAGGCAGUCCCAAUUUUGCUCUGGGAAAUUUAUUGGCCUGCCACCAAAAGCAGCAAACUCGGCCAACUUCUAUGAAUGGGACUUUUUGGAAUGCUGCAGUGGGCAACCAAUCGUCAUUGCUUGGAGUUCCACCAAAUGAUGUAACAACAUCACACAAUCCAUAUCUUAGCUUUGGAAAUAUAGUGCCGGGUCUGAAUUUACAUGUUGGAAAUGCUAAUAAGCAUACUCUUGCACAACAGCAGAGUGCAGUUAUGGAAUCCAUGUUGAAUCCCGGCUAUUCCAGGGCAGCUACAUCGGAACAGCUACAGGCAUCUGCCUCUCAGUGCGCAUUUGACUGCUAUACUGCAUAUACACCCAACUAUGGCGAAUAUACACAGGAUACCAUGCAGCAGUGGUACCAGAACUCUGUUCCAUCUCACAGCUCCUCUGAGGUAUUUGUUCCAGAGUGUGGAAAAGAACAAUGUGAGCAGGAUCUCCUGUCUUCAGCACUUGCCCCAGGAGAUGGCAUCCUAGGUCCGGUACCAUUGGGGAACAUGAUGACAAAUAUCAAGUCUCCAGUGACUGGCCAGAAACGUGCGUCUACCUACCUCCUCCCUUCCCCAGAAGUGAGUCCAGAUGGCAGCUACGUUGGGCAACAUUCACAAGGCCUGGGUGGUCAUUAUGCCGAUUCCUAUUACAAGAAGAAGAGAAUAUUUUGACUUGCGUUCACAAUUACUUAUGCUACUUUUUCUUUUGCUUAAUGCUGGAACAUUCUUUUAAAUUCGAAAAUGCCCUAUGUCAGUUCAUUUUUGUUUUGAAAAUUAGAUUUUAAAUUUAAAUUUUAAACAGGUUUCUUUAAAUUUUAUUUGUUGCAAUGGAAUUUUUUAAAACAUUUGACUUCUUCUGCACUGCAUUCUUGAAGCAGAUUGAGAAAGGAUUAGCAUGCAUUUUGUUUCAUGCCUGAUGCAACUGUCCUGUCUUAAUUAUUUGAAUCUAGCUGCAUAAUCUGGUUUCAAAUUUAAGGUUAUUGCAGGCUGGAGCGGCUUUAACAUACCUCAACUGAACUUGGUACAUUUCAUUGAAUUUGAAGUACUUCAGAAUCAUAUUUGAAUGUUUCACUGUGCAAUGUAUUAACGAUUUUGGUUGGGGAAGAUAAAUGGGCUAUGAAAAGAUAAAUGUGAACCCCUUUCUCGCACCCCAAACAAUUCCACCCCCAUCCCUUUUACAAUCAUUUCACAUCAGGCACACUUUCAUUUAGUUGUUGAAUUGCACUACUUUUUAAAAAAAGUUCACAAAUGUGCAGUAUUUUUUAAAUGUACAUGAAAAUAAGCUUUAACCAUGAAUGAGUCACUCUCUCACUGCACUAACUUGUAUAUUUGAUGUAGUAGGCAUUGUUAUAUUACACUAUGCAGUACAUACUGUGUUCACUGACCAAAGCAAAACUUUACAUUUUUUUGUGUUAGAAAUUAGCACUGAAAAUGCAGAAGUAUAUUCAUUUCUUCAUGAGAUGCAAAUUUUUUUCUCUUGGGUUUUAAAGGUGUUUGCUGGGUCCAUGGUUUUAUUUUGAUGGGUUAAUUAUUCUGAGGGAAUUUUCAAUACUGAAAUGUAUAUUAGUGUAUUGGGUAUUGGUUGGUAAACUGGAAUUGGUUGAGGACCAUAUAAGAAGGUUGCUAUUUUGACCAGGAAAAAAUAUUAGGAGUAAUUUCACUGCAGUUGAAUCAUAAAUGGUGUCGCCCCCCCCCCCCCCCCCCCCUGUUUUUGAAUAGUAAAACCAAGUACAAGUCUUAAAUAAUUUUUCUGUUUUUCUUUGUCCCUUUUUUUUGGUAAAUGAAUUAAAAGUUCAAAAACCUUUUAAUCUUUUUGGCUCUGGAUUCCCAUGGCAUUCUCUGAAUAUUGUGAUUUUGUAACAUGGACGAGGCACUGCAUGUACCUCUGAAGCCAUGAUGAUCAGUACAGCUCAGUUUUUUUUUUUUGCAAAGGGCAUUUAAUGGAAAACUGAAAUUGCUAUGUUAUAGUCAACUUAUUCUGGAAAUAAAACCGUCUAAUACAGGUCAGAACUGCCUUGUUUUUUCUCACUGCUGUUGUGUCAGAAUAGAUGGAGAGAGUUGAAGAAAUAUGAUAUACCUUGCAAUUUAUAAAAAGGGUUUAGUAGAAGCAGCCCCGUUAUCAUACGUUCUAGGGGAGCAAAGCCAAAACUGUUUGAGGUUAGGGACGGGAUAUUCUUCCAUUCUUUAACAGUUGUCUACUGAUGCUUAAAAUGAUAGUCACUUAAACUGAUCUAAGUAAUAUAGCCAGAGAAAGUAAUGGAAGUGGGAAACUGGCAGUCCAUAAUUAUAAACCAGAAAUGGACAGUGUUUUGUAACUAAUUAAACUAACGUGUCUGCUUUGAUACCUGAUUUGGUGCCCUUGAUGUAGGUGAUUGUGAUGAUGGGGCUAUCUUGGAACUGAAUAUGCAAAGUCAAAAAGGCUAACAAGCUGCAAAUUAUGCUGCAGUACUCUAAAGGAAGGAGAUGUAGAAAAUCAAUCCAAUCUGUUCUUCAUCCACUCUAUUUGGGGUGAAUUUCACCAUGAUCAGGCACUCCUAGUCUCAAUAGAAGCACUAAGUGCCUGGAGGUAACAAAAUCAAUGUUAUUUAGUUCUAUUCCAAUUGUUUUAAGUCUUUUGAAGUCAUCUUUGAUUGCUAACAUCCUGCAAUCCCCAAUCUCAAUGUGGGUUUAUCAUCCACAAGUUGAUCAAAUAGGCAAUGAUAUUCCAGAUGUAACAACUCAGUCAAGUUCUUCAUAGUUUACAAUCUAACCUACAUUUUAAAUGCAAAUAGAAUGAUCAGUGUCAUAAGAUUCAAGUCCUUGCAGUAAGUCUCUAUUUUUCACGCAAAUGUUGAGGGCAUGAUGUCAGAGGGUGUAUGAUGUGCCAUUCUGGUAGUAACGUUCCACAUGCUUUUUGAAAAUAGUUCCCUUUUAUUUUGUUGGUAUGUCCACUUUUGCAAAUGAAUACCGUGCACCAUUACAUCUUCCUAAUUCAGUUUCUAUUGGAGUUCUGUUCAAAUAUCGCACAAAUAUUUGAGUUUCUUUAUGAUUGGAAAUCGGCUUUGUGCAAUUUCACCCCCAGGUCUCAGCACCAAAAGGAAUAACCAUCAGGUGGGAUGGAUGAGAAAUGUGCAAAUGUACCUUUAUUUUCCUGAGAGCCAUUUGCCAUCAUGCAGGGCUUAUCCUGGAGAUUCCUGGAGGUUAAGAUUAUUCUUCACGAUGGCAGUGCAAGCAGCCCAUCUAAACUCGAGCAGGCAGAAAGAGGAUGCAAAGUAGAGAUGCAAAUUUAAAGGUAGGUUUUGAAAUGGGAUUUUGUAGAUGAGAAGCAAAAUAGCAGGAUGGAAAGUACUGAGGAGAGUUUGUCCUAAUUGGAAGUGUAGAAAGUAGGGAUGGAGGAAUGUGGUGAAACUGUAGUGGGAAAGCUAAUUACUAAAAAUGAUAUUGAAAUGCAUAUAAAGUGAGGUUGGGGAAGAUUUAUCAAAGUCUAAGUUUAAAAGUAGGAGGAACAUUAUGAUGAGAUUUCAGAUGAACUGAAUUUUGAUGGAAGGGUGUUACAAGUCAAACUUGGAGGGGCUAAGGCAAGAGCAUAAGUAGGCGUAAGAGUUGGCACGUUGGUGCAGAGGUAAAGUUGCUGCCAAAGUGCUUGCAGCGCCAGAGACCUGGGUUCGAUCCCAACCGCAGGUGCUCCCUGUACGAAGUUUGUACGUUCUCCCCGUGACCGUGUGAGUUUUCUCCGAGAACUUUGGUUUCUUCCCACGCUCCAAAGACUUACAGGUUUGUAGGUUAUUUGGCUUGGUAUAACUGUAAAUUGUCCCGUGCGUGUAGGAUAGAGAUAAUGUGUACGGACGGGGGUUACUGGUCGGCACGGACUCGGUGGGCCAAAGGACCUGAUUCCGGGCUUUAUCUCCAAACUAAACUAAAAGUAAGCAUAUGGACUGGUGUACCAGCAUGGACAUUUGCCAAGAUCAUGGCUGAUCUUCUACAAUGUGCCAUUUUCCUCAAUGUUAUUUUGCCUUCGGCAUAGAAUGAACUGAGUGCUUUGGCUCUGGCUGUGUCUUGUGGAAGUUGUGGAUAGUAUGAUGUCAGGCAGCAUUAUAUCAGAGUUAGCAAAUAUGGGAUUGCAAUUGCAUUAAUGGGAUGCAUUUGUUGGAACCAGCAGAAUGACUUUAAUUUCCCCAGUAUUGAGCAAUUUUUCUAUUACAAAUCUCAUUAUGGAGUACAGAGGCAAUUAAAUAAAUGAUAAGUCUUUGUCCCACACAUUAUGGAGGGCAUUGUAUGUUGCUAAGCAUGUUUGUGCAUGCAUCAAUGCAUUACUUAACAUUUAUUUUUUUUAAUGUAAAAUGGUAUAUUAGGACAGCAUCAAAAUUGCAUUAAUUAGACAAUAUUUUGGAGAAAUGUAAUCACCGGUAGAUGAAUGCCCUUGCUUUUUUCUUUCAAUUUCGUAGCUUGCUACCACGCUGGGCAUAACAUACUCUUAUGGUUGCACUUAUGGUUCUGAUUACACAUGAUUCCAUUUUUAGUCAAAAGCUAGAUUAAUGCGAUUAUAGGCAUUUGACGCUGGGAUUCACAUUUAGAAAGGGUUGUUUAAACAUUUGAUUAUUUCCAUAUUAAUUUUUGAAAACAACUGUUUAAAACAGGAAUGAACACAGCUUAGUGAAUUAUCAAGAUCAGACCAUCUUAUUGAGUGAGAGUAUUAUUUUAAAAUGUUCAGUAUUUUUCAGGAUAUGCAAUCCAUCUAAUGCCUUACCUGCCUCAAAUUUCCAAAAAUUGGUUGGAGCUCACUUUAAAAAUAAAAAAAAAAAGUGGUUUUGGCUGAUCUUCCAUGAUGGAUCUUGGUUUAGUUUUGAAUGCUUCAUUAAAUACACAUUAAUUAUGCAGAAAGGAAAUAUCAUCAAAUACUUUGUAUCUUAUCUUCUCCCUGCUCUCUUCCGCCACACACACUCUCCUUAAGAACUCAUCCAGGCCGCGCAUUGUGGAAACAACGCACUGCAGGGGGGUUGUGCAUUAUUUAUGAACUUUUUUCAGAUUUGUGCAAUUUCACUAGAAUCUUCAACACUGGCAUUCAGCAUUGAUAACUGUCCAAGACGUUUGAUAUGUUGGUGAUUGAAAGUAAAUGAGAGGUGAUAAUUUGCUGGACAGGAUUUGAUAUUUUUGUGAAUAGUGUACCUGGGAAAUUCUCGCUUUAUUUGCUAUAAAGUGGUUUUGUAACUAAAUUGGGUCAGUUUUGUAAAAAGUGCAGCUAAUUCGGGGGAACUAGUCUUUAGCAUAAUGUCUAAAAUGUUAUCAAAGUCUCUGCCAUUCACUGGCCCAAUAAUUAUUUCUUGAUAUAUCCAGGGAAUCAAAUUAACUGAAGACUUUCUUUUCUGAUAUUGACACAUAAUGUGAGGCAUGGCAUAUACUCAUUACUUUUUAAAGAUGGUUGAAAUUCUUCAGCAUUUUUCAUGUGUACUGUGCUCCACCAGCAUCAUCAAAGGUAGGAGGUAGUUCCAUGAACAUCCCUCAUGUUAUGUCGAAUUGUUCACUGCCAUUCUCAACUGCAUGUGAAAAGCUUAGCUUUGCUGCUUUAGAUGUAGGCUGGCAAAGGUUUGUUUUCAAUGCUACUUCCAGCAUAUGGAUGGAUGGAUGUAGCCCUGACUGAUAUUUUCACUAAGUUGACGCAUCUAUUUUUAGGUCUGGUGUUACUUAAGGCAUGAUCUUCUGCACUUAAUGAGCCAGGGUUAAAUCUCUUGCUUAAUGGUAAUUAGUUAAAUUAAAUAAAUAAGGCACACUUUUGCAGUAAAUCAUGCAUUGAAAAUUAAUUAUAUCAGUAAUGUGAUGACAUUUCUCUUGAACAAAAUAUCUGAUAGUGUGGAGGGGAUUAUCUUGGGUAGGUUUUCUGUCCCUUUAUUGGCUUUCACUAUAUGCUUCAAACUACUGUCUCUUCAGAUUAUUUGGCCAGCCCAUGUGGUGCUAUUGACCUUGUGGUCAUGUUCAUUGGACUAUGUCAUUCGUCCCACCACCUCUGGAUGUUGAUGGAUGGAGGAGCCUCAAACAUUGGUUUAAAAAGUAUUAUUCAAAAUGGCGGAUGACUAGAAUAUUGUUUUCAUUUUAAGCAUGUAAUAAUGAGGGAGAAUUUGCUGGGUUAUUGUUCAGUCAUAUGUCCUGAUCUUUUGGUGAGGCUCAUGGCAGUCUGUUUUUAAUCUUGGGUUUAGUUGUAAUUUGACAAGACAGUAUUUAGUCAUUUCAGAAAGCAGUUUAGGAUCAACUGUAUUGCUGGGGAUGUAAAUUUAUAAAAAUUUACUGUAACUGAGGUACAGAACAUUGUCUUUGAUAUAUCAGUGAAGUUCACUUUAGGAUCAAUUUUUUACAAAAUGGGACAUAACGAGGUCUUUGAAACAGCAAAGUAACUGAAGCUUUUGGAUCUGUAUUACUAGUAUAGUAAGCAUGCUCCAUUCAACACAAAAUCUGGGUGGCUUAGUUUCAGCUGAUCUGCUAUCAUAAAAUUUGAUCAGGUUUCUAUGAGGUGACUUCUCUUCGGUCUAAUUGUUCCGACUUGCCCUAAGUAUUGUUACUCAGGGACUUCAUCAUUGUUGUGUUUAAAUUAUAGCAAUUUUUUGUUCUCUGGUAUUGAUUGCUAGUAGCCUCAAUCCAGUCUAACCUGAACACUAUCAUUUAAAUACAAUUAAGUUAUUGGAAUUAAUGUCAUUGUGGUUGGAAGAGUAAAUUUAAUUAUUGGUUCUACUUUGCUCCUGAACUUGCAGGUUGGUUCCACAAACAGUAAUUAAAUUAAAUUAGACCUCCAAGUGAUUGACAACUGAAUUUUGGAUAUACUUUGCUACAGAAAUGAAUCGAGGGAGAAACACUCCAAUUUAUUUUGUGAGCUAUCUAACGACUUGGCUUUUUGCUUGUGUACAGUUGUGAUUGAAGCAAGCUGCUUGCAUUUGAUUGUGGAUGUUUCAGAUUUUAUGGACUGACUGAGCUUGGAAUUUUGACCAGUGCUUAUUAAAAUCACUUCAUUUAGUUUUUUAUUUGUAAAUUGCUCUUUAUCUCAAAACAUAGUGUAAUUAUUGAGUUGAACAGAGAGUAUCAUUUCAAAAUGAGGAAGCCCUUGGCUAUGGCAAUAGUGUUGAAGUGCAUUGUUGUUCAGUGGUAUUUGGAUUAGGAAUGAAGAUAUAGGAAACUUAAUGGCAUUGAUAAAAUUCUUUCAUUCGGUCUUCUCCCCACAAGAGUCAUCUACUGACACCUUAUGUGUGUACGGAACUGACAAUUUAUUGUAACAGUUUCUUGCACCAGAUGAUAGAUGUAUAAGAGUAUCAGGCUAUUGUUCCUAAAUUAAGAAGUGAUGUCCAGAAAUGAUUUGAGAUAAAGAUUUGUAUCAACCGUUUUCUUCGUAGAGCUUACUGGUUCAGGAAUUUUUAUUAUAAAGAACUUUACACUGUUUUGGUUUACUUUGUAGCCCAGUCACUAAUAGAAUUUGAAUGUCAAAUUACUUAUCAAAUUAAAAUCUAUUUUGAUGCACAAGGCA